AUGCGGUGCGCGAGCAAGGCCGCCAAGAGCGCGUCUACACGUCUCUGUGCGGACGCCGAAGCAGAACCCGCAGCAAUUGAUGUGUCAUCGGUUGCUGAAGCGACUCAGCCUGUGUCACUUGGUGAUGCAGGCGCUGGUCAUGAAGACACUCAUGUCUUCACAGAGUAUGAGCUCGGUGUCUCAUACUCUCCUGAUACGGAAGACGGAUCCGUAUCGACGGCGAUCGAAAACAAGCCGCCUGCCAAGUGUGGCAUGGAUGAUGCUAUGCGUCGCAGCAUCUUUAGUUUGUCUGACGAAUCAGAUGAACCAUCGCCGAAGCGAAGGCGCUAG